UGCCAUGGAUCCUGCCAAAACAAUAGAAACCUUAAAAAAAGACCUUGCUGAAGUGAAGUCUGCUUUGGAGAAAAAACCAUUUGAAGCUGUUUCAGCUGAAGCUCAACAGCAGUCAAAUUUAUUAAAUAACAUCACAUUGGCAAUUGCCAUCACAGGAAGAUCAGGUGCUGGGAAAUCAUCUUUUGUCAAUGCCCUGCGAGGAAUGAAAGAUCGUGGAGAGGGUGCAGCUCUGACUGGGGUGACAGAAACAACAAUGGUGCCACAAGAAUAUUCACACCCCACAUUCCCCAAUUUCAAAAUUUGGGAUCUACCAGGAAUUGGAACAGCUAAAUUUAGUGCAAAGGAAUACCUAACAAAGGUCAAUUUCAACGAUUAUGAUUUUUUCAUCAUCGUCUCCUCAGGACGCUUCACUGAGGAUGACACCAACUUGGCUCUUGAGAUCCAGAAAAAUAAGAAGAAAUUCUACUAUGUGCGCAGCAAAGUGGAUAUCGAUAUAGAGAAUGACAGGCGGUCAAAAGGCAUCGAUGUGGGGGACACCCAUGAGAUGAUGCAGUCUGAGAAGGAAACUCUUGACGCUGUACGGAAAGAUAGCUAUGAUAAUUUGAAGGCGUUAGGUGUGUCUUCUCCAAGAGUCUUUCUAAUAUCAAGGUGGGAUUUGAGCAAGUAUGAUUUCCCCCUCCUUCAAGAGACCAUUGAACAGGAACAGGAUGAAAUCAAGAGAGAUGUUUUAAUUAUGUGUCUUCCGAUUUUAACAAAAGAUAGCAUUAAAAAGAAAAAGGCUGCUAUGGAGAGCCUGAUAUGGAAAAAAGCCAUAGCGAGUUGUACUGUUGGGUUGAUUCCUCUCCCAUUCCUCUCAUUUGGUUUUGACAUUGGCAUUGUGGUUACAACUAUGAGCCAUAUCUGCAAAGUUUUUGGCUUGGAUGAAAAUUCCCUCAAUAUACUAGCAAAUCGUGUGGGGAAACCUGUAGAGGAGUUGAAAUCUGUUAUUGAACAUACGCCAAGCACCGGUAAGAUCACGACAGAAUUUGUCAUGGAUAUCUUGAAGAGGUCAGCAAUGUGGGGAGCAAUCACAGUGGUAGAGGCGGUUCUGGAUUUCAUACCUCUGUUGGGGUCUCUCUAUGGUGGGGGCAGUUCUUUUGCUACCACAUUCUACUUGCUGAAGAAUUUCCUGGAAAACGCUGUGAAAGAUGCAGAGAAAGUUCAGGCAAAGGCUGCUGAGCCUAAGAAACCCAAGUAAACAGCCAAUACAUCUACCUGGGAAGAGACAUCCAGGUACAACAUGCAUUAUCUCAUCUUUCUACCACAGCAUCAACCAACUGCUUUCUUCACAAGUUCGACUUCCAGUCUUGCAACAUGGCAUCCUAGCAUGCUUCCUUUAUUACUCUUCAGCUCAGCACUUGUAGCACUGCCAUACAGUGGUACCUCGGGUUACAUACGCUUCAGGUUACAGACUCCGCAAACCCAGAAAUAGUACCUUGGGUUAAGAACUUUCCUUAAGGAUGAGAACAGAAAUCGUGCUCCGGUGGCGCGGCAGCAGCAGGAGGCCCCAUUAGCUAAAGCGGUGCUUCAGGUUAAGAACAGUUUUAGGUUAAGAAUGGACCUCUGGAACGAAUUAAGUACUUAACUCGAGGUACCAGUGUAUGUCAAAAAGUGGAAACCUGGAUAGAAAAGUUAUAUAGCUUUUUGCUUAUUGGGGGAGGGGCGAAGUUAUAGAGAUGGGGAGGGCAAAGUUGAUGAGUUUUUUUGGCAAAAUCUCCCAAAAACAAAAGAAGUUUCUGAGCUAUUUUUAAGGAAAUUCACCCCAAAAAAGCAACACUUUUGACAUUUCACAGAAAGAGGUUUUUGAGCUAUUUUAAAGGAAAUUCACCAAAAAAAAAAAAAACCCAAACACUUCUGACAUGGCUUGCCAUGGUUUUCCAUAUCUUUUCACAGACAUUUUUACCAAUUUUCAAAAAUUCUGCCUGGACACUACUUCCAACGGACAAAUCCCAGACAUAAGGCAGCCCUAUUGUAGCAAUGCUUAAUCAGUAGGCUGCCUGGACAAUUUUUGUCCAGGUAAGAUGUUUCUUAUAUCCUACCUGUCAAUGUUAAAGCGAUGGAUGUCUCCCCCUCCAACAUGGAGCAAAUUUGCAGCAGCAAAGCAUAAAGAAUGGAGAAAAGAAGAGAAGAGAAAUGGCUUCAGAGAGUUCUAUUGCCGAUACGCUUAAGUAAAUUGUGAUGCAGAAUUAAUGUCUGAAGGAUAAUUUAGCAAACCCGAAUCUUAAAAUUACAGCCCUGGAUCAAAAAGUUACUGAUCUUAAUGAGGAGAUAUCAAAAUCUGAAGCAGUUCAAAUUAAACAAGAUCUAACACAGAUAUCGUCUUGGGUGGGAUCCUGCGAGACAUGCUUAUCCAUGCAAAAAUACAUUAUAUAGUUUUGUAGCCUUUAGUAUAUUUUGUGGUUAUUUUGUUAUUGCUGCUUUUAAAAAUGUUUUAAUGUAUUCUCUUCCUCCUUUGAUUGCUAUUCUUUCCUUUUCCCUUAUUUACUUAAUCUCAAUAAAAUAAUAAAUAUUAAAAUUAUAAGAAAUGUUUUUUUCUGAAUCCUCCCUACUGCAAUUAUUUCCCCAACUGU